UAAUCAAGUAUCGCACAUCACUAAAAUAGUGCAAAGUGAGUUCUUAAAAGUGAUAAAAUUAUACUGAUAAAAAAAUCAGUUUUAGGUAUAUUUCAGCUGUAUAGCUAUAAAAAGUGAAAACUAUAUUUUGUAAUGUAACACAUAGUAAUUGUACAGAGCGUUUAUUUGCUGGAAAUACACAUAAUUGUAUGUAUGAAUGCCAGUGUAGUAGAUAUUCGCGUAUAUAUUUUCUUAUACGAUACAUAAAAUUGGACAAUGUCAGUAAUAACUCCUAUAUAAAUGGAAAAAGUGUUUUGCAAUGUGCAUAUUACAUGCGCGAAAGUGAAAAUAUAAACCGUAUGUUGAUUUUUUCGAUGGGAUAUACUCGAAACUUGCCCGAGGGUGAAAUUUUGCAUACCACGCCUAGAUUUUCAGCAUUUGUGCAAAAAAACCGUAUUCUUGGGAGUCGUACUCUAAAUUUAUAAAUAUAUAUAAUUUUUUUAAGUGCGUGAAAAUAUAUUGUUCGAUAGCGAAUUGAUUUAAUGAAUGUGGCAUCUUUUUCUAAAACUACAUAUUUUAGUUUUGUUAUUAGGUAUAGUUGGACCAGCGUUGCCGUUUCUUGCAUAAAAAGUCUAUUUUACAUAUAACUUCUCAGCCUUAUAAAAAGUCUUUUAACUAAUGGCUCUAUGUACAUAUUCAAAGCAUAUUUAUUGUUCAAUCGACCAACAGAAACGCAAUAGGUUGGGAACUGCACGCACAUUAUUGUACACAAAACUUAACAAAAGAGAGUUCAAAAUAAGUAACGCAUAAAAGCACAAAUUUUUGGAAAUAUAUCACUAAAAUAAAACAGUAAAGCGACGCACAUAUCUUAAAGGCGCUUCUUGAUCUUUGAGCUAAUUAGACUGGCUCAAAACGGAGGUAAUAGGGAGGCGGAGUCUCCCGACGGGGCGCAAGAGAACAGAGCAGCGUGUUGGUGGACACCUUGGACGGCAAUGGGUUGCUUCGGGUCACCCAGUUCCAAACAAACGGAUGUAAAUUCAGAAGACUCCAAAAGUCAAAAGCGUCGCAGUGAUGCAAUAUCAAAGCAGCUACAAAAGGAUAAGCAACUAUAUCGUGCUACCCAUCGACUACUAUUGCUAGGAGCUGGUGAGUCGGGCAAAUCGACUAUUGUCAAGCAAAUGCGCAUAUUGCAUGUUGAUGGAUUUUCCGAGCCAGAGAAAAAGCAAAAAGUCGAUGAUAUUAAGAAAAAUAUACGCGAUGCAAUCCUGACAAUUACUGGUGCAAUGAGCACACUAAAUCCACCUGUAUCAUUAGAAAAGAAGGAUAAUGAGGCAAGGGUUGAAUACAUCCAGGAUUACGCUUCCAGUCCCGAUUUUAACUAUCCUCCGGAAUUUUAUGAGCAUACAGAGGAACUAUGGAAAGAUCGAGGAGUAUUGCAAACAUUUGAAAGAUCAAAUGAAUAUCAACUGAUUGACUGCGCAAAAUAUUUUUUGGAUCGAGUAAGCAUAAUAAAGAAACCAGAUUAUACACCAAGCGAGCAAGAUAUUUUAAGAUGCCGUGUCUUGACUUCAGGCAUUUUCGAAACACGAUUUCAAGUAGACAAAGUUAAUUUUCACAUGUUCGAUGUUGGAGGCCAACGUGAUGAGCGGCGUAAAUGGAUUCAAUGUUUCAAUGAUGUUACAGCUAUAAUUUUUGUAACUGCAUGUUCCAGCUACAAUAUGGUAUUGCGGGAGGAUCCCACGCAAAACCGUCUCCGUGAAUCAUUGGACUUGUUCAAAAGCAUUUGGAAUAACAGAUGGCUACGCACAAUUUCUGUAAUUUUAUUUUUAAAUAAGCAAGAUUUAUUAGCUGAAAAAAUUAAAGCUGGAAAGAGUAAACUGUCGGAGUACUUUUCCGAGUUUAACAAGUAUCAAACACCAAGUGAUGCUAUAACAGAAUCUGGUGAUGACCCAGAAGUGAUCAGAGCAAAAUAUUUCAUACGAGAUGAAUUUUUGCGUAUUUCAACUGCUAGUGGCGAUGGCAAACACUACUGUUAUCCGCACUUUACAUGUGCAGUUGAUACGGAAAAUAUCAAAAGAGUGUUUAAUGAUUGUCGAGAUAUAAUUCAAAGAAUGCAUCUUCGCCAAUAUGAGUUGUUAUAGGUUUAUUUUUAGUGUCAGUGGAAAUAAAAAUAUGCAAAUAAAAAACAAAAUUCUUUAAGAACAAUUAAAUAAAAAUACCAUGUUUGAUCAAAGACAGAUAUACAUUUUUUUUAUUUCUAAAAGCAAUGCAUCGACCAAAAUAAAAAAAGUGUUAUUCUAACCCAAAAAGUAGUACCAACAGGUUCUAAACCAAACAAUGUUUAUAGUGUUGCACGCCGCGUUAAAAAAUGACCUCGAAAUUUUUUUAUCUUCACAUUCUAAUAAUUCUAACGCUGCUCCAAUUGAUUACUGCCAAUGAAGAUGAAAGUCCAAUAAAAUUGGAAGUGGUUCGGAGUGCACGUACUUGCCGUCGUUGCGUUGGGAAACUUCAGUCGACAGGCCUUAUUAAACAGUUGAAGACCUUGAGAAUUAAUAGGCGUUGGGAAAAUGAAAAAGAGUUUCGCAAGGGUAUACGCUUUAAAUAUUAUCGUGAUGGUGAAAAGGUUUACGAAAGCGCCAGCGAUGAUCCCAAAGCUCUGUCCAAAUCUGGCUGUUCGCCGGAUGAUAAAUUUGCAUUUAUAUUACAUGGCUGGCGGCAAAGUUGCGAAACCGAAUGGGUGCUCACCCUCAUUGAACGCCUUACAUAUCACCGUGGCGGUUGCAUUGUGUGCAUAGACUAUGAAGUCUUCGCCAAGGACUCUUAUAUGUGGUUAUACAGAAGCUUUCGCCGCAUUUCCAAUAUAAUUACAAAACGAAUGUUGCUUCUAAUUAACGAAGGCUUCGAUCCCGAUAAUGGUUAUAUGUUCGGUUUUAGUUUCGGCGGGCAGCUGGCGUCGGCCAUCGGGCGUAGUUUGAGUGAACGAUAUCUCUUUCGCAGCAUUGAUACUUGUGACAUGGCUGGUCCCGGUUUUGAUGUCUUCAUCCACAUCGAUCAUCGUGAGGCCGCCCGUCACGUACAGUGCUUGCACUCUAGUCGUGAUAAGGGCACACAGAUCUACACUUGCCAUCAGAAUGUUCGUUUGGGUAGCUGCGGUCACUAUCAACCGGCUGCCUCCAGUCAACCCUAUUAUAGCAGUCACGGCUUAUGCGUACAAAUAUAUAUAAAUGCCUUCGAUUAUCCCUUCUAUGCGAUGCAAUACGAACCGACAUGGUGUGCUUCAAAGCGGGCCGCUAUAAAUAUACCGUAUAAAUACACGAUUGGCUACAAUGAGACGCCUGAUUCUAAUAUUAGCGGUGAAAUUUUUGUGCCAACUAGUCUACAUUUUCCAUAUAAUUUUUCGGAAAAAGAGAUGCUCAUGUUGGGAUUCUUCGAUGAAAAUACGGAUAUAUAAGCACAAUAGCACUUGAAUAAUCACUAGAAACAGUAAAAAUGAGCAUCAUCACUAAAAUCCCGGUGGCACAGAAUCUAAGUAAUAGCUUGCAAUUGCCCGUCCGCCUUGCAUACAAAUAAAUAUGCAUUUAAUACACAGACAGUCAAACUGUCAGAAAGAAGAUUUUAACUGCACAUUUACUAAUAAAAUUACUCAUGCAUUUAAAACAAUGAAUUAAAGCAACACUAACUUUUUAUGAAAAUAAUUUUUUUAUAAAUAAAAUUUAAUAAAUUCGUAUUGAGGUUUUUUAAUUUAGUGCAAACAAAAAAUAUUCGUGAUUAAAUUUAUAGUGGUAGUGAAUUAGUGGCAAAUCGUGAUGCAUUUCCAUUUCAACACCCUGUUGACCACAGGACAUGGAGCACCUAUGUGACAAAGUCACUACUCCACCAUAAAGCGACUGUGGUGCAGUUAUUCACAGUACGCUAUUCCAAAGGUUGGAGGUUCGAGACCGGCUUGAAGCUUGGAGCAAUGAAGUUAAUAUAUUGUACCUAUAUAGUAAUAUAUAUAUAUUUGGAUGAAAGUACAAAUAAUUUCACAAAGAUAAAUAACAAGAAGAAUAUGUGUAAAUAUAAACAAAAUAACAACAAUGACAUAUGACAUAUGCGUACAAUUGUUUAUGUAUAGAAAUACAGAAGAUAAUAUAAUAUCAAUAUACGAAAAAGAAGGAACACAAAAAAAAAA